AUGACAGCACUUAAAUUGCUCUGUCUUUUUUUGCUGGCCGUCACGGUGCCCGGCGCCAUCGCUCAAGGCGGAAUACCCAGUUGUUGUCGCAAAAUCUCCAACACGCAAGUCCAUCGAGAUUUGCUGACCAAGUACUACAUCCAAAGACCUCCUUCAUGUCCAUUGCACGUGGUGGUUUUCAUCACAUUGCAAGGUAAGCGAAUCUGCGCCAAACCUGACAAGUUGUGGACACAAACCAGCAAGGCUUACCUCGAAGGAAAGAGCUGUCCAAAUAACUGUCAGCUUGGCAAACAAAAGAAGCGCCGAGUUUCUUCCGAACUUUUGUAA